UUGAAUAACGUAUUUGGACUUUAAUACGAAAAGCCGUUAUUCAUUCAAUCAGUUUAACAAGAGCAGUUAUAACACAUAUCAUCAACCCCAUGCACUAGAGAGAGAAAGCUAACAAACACACACUCUCUCUAUACGUAUAUUAGUAUAUAUGUAUAUAAUAUAUAGAGAGAGUAGUUUUGAUGUGCGAGCAGUUCACGGCACAUGCGAACAACUCCUUAUUCAGACGGUUAAGCUUCAACAUUACCCUUCACAUACACAUACAUAAACCCUACCCACACAAAUUUUCAUCAUUUCUAUUCAUUUCCAGUCACAAUCGCAAUCACAUAGAAACCAAUAAGAUGAUGGCUACGGACGGUGGUGAUGACAAGAUCAAGGGUUCGUGGAGCCCACAGGAAGAUGCCACUCUGAUCAAGCUGGUGGAGCAACAUGGCCCGCGUAACUGGGCCCUCAUAAGCACCGGCAUCCCCGGACGGUCCGGGAAGUCGUGCCGUCUACGGUGGUGCAACCAGCUUAGCCCGACGGUGCAACACCGCCCUUUUACGCCGGCGGAGGACAACACUAUCAUACAGGCUCACGCUGUCCACGGCAACAGAUGGGCCACUAUCGCGCGCCUCUUGCCCGGCCGUACCGACAACGCCAUCAAGAACCACUGGAACUCGACGCUGCGUCGACGCCGCCACUCCGAGGUUUCAUCGACGUCGACCGAGUCGAACUCGGCGGUGAAGCGGCCGGGUUCGACGGCUGACUCGUCCGAGUUGGACUCGGGGGUGAAGCGUGUGCGAUCUCAGGAGGCGGUGCCGGAGAUCAACGGUGGGGAUGGGGUUGAGACGUCGCUGACGCUGUCACCGCCGGGGGAGGGGUUGAAAACGCCACCCGGGGGUGAGAGAGAGGGGGAAGAGGAGGCACAGAUCACGAUGGAGGAGAAGGAUAAGGAUACAUGGACGGUGGAGAUGGAGGAGACAUGUUUGGUGAAGAUGAUGCAUCGUAUGAUAGCACAGGAGGUUCGGAGUUACAUUGACAGCAUAAGAGCCAAAGAAGGGUUCGGACUCGGGUUUGAGUCCAUGGUCCGAAAGGAUCCGUAAUUCCAAUACCUAACACUAAACUCCACGAGAAUUCGGAGUUGGAAUUAAUUUUUCUUUUUCCCUUUUAAAAUGUUUUAAUUUUCCUAAUCUUUUUUCAUGUGAAGUAGAAGUUCACAAGCAUCAUCAUAAUGUAGCAGCAGUACAACUUAUAAAUGAAUGUUUAGUCUUUAA